CGGGACACUUUCACCCAUGUUCCACACUAUGUUGUUGUGUGUCGCACUUCGCGCACCCCUCCGCUGUGCCGCAGUGGGAGCGGCUGGAAUAACCUUGGUUUGAGCCAGUUGAGCGGCUGGAGAGAAGAGCGAGAGGCUGAACGGCACGGCGGCGGAAGAUCAGCGAUCGCUGGCGUGAAGAUGGCGGAGACCGUACGCUCACUCUUCGACUACCGGGAGACCCACUGCCUGGACAGCGACGGAGAUGGCGUCAAGCCGGCAUUACCACUACGGGGACGCGGCUGUGGAAGGAAAAGGAAAGGGACACCCGUGAAAGUCUUUGUUACACACACUGAGGAGGAGGGCGUGCCUGAACACAGCUUCGGCCCAGGUGAACGAAAGGAAGCACCAGAGAAUAAACGGCUAACACCGGAUGGGCCCUUCUACAACACUGAGUCUGCACCUCACAAAUGUAGUCCAUCAGCACAGGCUCAUAACAAAGUUUCCACCGGAUCCAAAGCCACCUCCUGCUCAGCCCAUGCAUCAGCUCUAGCUCCAGCUGCUUCCUCUGCUUCUACUCCAACACUGGUUCCUGCCCCGGCCCCAGCCCCGACCACAUCUUCAGCCCAGGCCCUGUCUCUGACCCCUGCAUCCACAGCUCCAGCUGCACCAACAGCCUCCGCCCCAGCCCCAACUGCCAGCUCCUUCCCUCCCUCCCCCAACUGCCGCAUCCGCGAGGUCCACUGUGGUAGCCAGGUGCGCUUGGUGGUCAUCGCAAUUCGAGACAUCACCAAGGGAGAGGAGAUCACUGUGGACUACAGCCUGACAGAGUGGGGAGAAAACCUGGGUUUCCGCAGUACUGUGUCUCCAGCACAACAUGAGUGUAACUCAGACACGGAGAAUAACAACAAAAUCAAAAAGGAGGACGAGCCACUUCCUCUGACAGCCCAGCAGCAGCGGCAACAGCAGGAAUACGUCACCCCCUCAUGGUCCCUCUCUCCCUCCUCCUCCCCCAUCUCCCACUCUGACGCCAGUGACUCAGAGGUAGAUGAGGACAACACCAGCCCCCGUGGGCGAGCACAGCGCCGGCGCAAGAAGCGACGCAGCACCCCUUCUAAGAAAAAGACCCCCCAUCGGACCCCACCUGGACAGUCACAAACAGUCUCCCCCACCAGCGGUCCUCAUCACAACCAUCCCAUUCCUUCAUCCCAUCCUACGCCACAGUCGCCCCUACCCUGCUCAUCUUCAUCGUCCUCCUCCACCUCCUGUUUGGCUAAGCCGAUGUUCAAAGCGCCAGCUCCGUUGAGUCCCAACACCACAAGCAGCAUUAACACAACAGCCGCCAGAGGAGGAGUGUCCAUAGACUCCAUGCGCCAAACCUGUGAGUACUGUGGACGCCACUUCCGCUCCCUGGGCCGCCACUUAGACAAGCACCAUGCCCACCAGCCCGAAGUCUGCUCUGCUCUGGUGGAGCGCUACACUCAGAUGCCCCGCUUGCAUGCACAAAACACAAACCCCACCCACUCUCAUCAGCACUCAAAGUUGUCCCAGGCUACAGGACACAAUCGCAGUGCAGAACUUUCACAGAGUGGCAUCCAGGACCUCUCAAUGUCUCCACCCACUCUCACAGCGGCAAACCAUGCACCUGCCUCUUCUGGAAGGAACUCCACCCCACCUGUGCUGACCCCUCCACAAGGACAGAACGCAGUGCCAGUGUCUGUCCUAAAACGAAGCCCACCCCCUGUGGCUGUGAGCUCGUCCAGAAAGGGAGGAGUGAAGAGGCUAAAGAGAGACAGACAAGAAGAGGAGGAGGAGGUUGAGGGGGUGGACGAUGAAGAUGAUGUAGAAGUGGUGGGGGUAAAGAGACCCAAAGAGGAGGGUGUUUGCCUUCAGUCCUUUAAGAGCAAAUCAACCAAAGAGGUGGAGCAACAGAAAGAGGAGGAGGAGGAGGAGGAGGAGGAGGAAGAAGAGGAGGAAAAUGGACUGAUGGAGGUGGAAUAUGAAAGUGGGACAGAAGAUAAGGAGAAGGACUUGUUGAGUGCUUCGGGUCGUCAUCACAUGCUGCCCCUUCUCUCGUCUCUGUCGUCUCUGGUUCUCUACCUACGUCGGCUGCAGCACUCUGCCUUCUUGUCUCUGUCUCGGCAGCUUCAGUCGGCUGAGGCCUGGCGCCUUCUCUGUCACUCUAGCCUGGCGCUCCUUAUCCUGUACAACCGAAGACGUGAGUGUGAAGUCUCCAAGCUCUCCAUUGUCGAAUAUCGUGCCCGGGUCACUCCUCAGUGUCCUGUUCCAGUUCCUCCUGGUGCCCCGCCAGCUCUUACUCCACUGGAGGCUUCCCUCUCCCCCUUUGAGCGCCUCGUUCUCCCCCACCUCCCUAGAGUUGGCGUUCAGGGUAAACGUGGACGUGUGCAGCCCCUCAUUCUUCCACCUCACUGUGAGCCCUGUCUGGAGCUACUGCUUCAGACACGGCAGGAUGUGGGGGUCGACCCUACAAACCCGUAUGUGUUUGCUCGGCCCUACCAUUCUCCUGCCACACCACUGCGAGGCACUGACCUCCUCCGUAGCCUGGCUCGCUCCAGCGGCACUCGCAAUCCCCGAGCCCUGACCCAGACGAGGGUUCGGAGGCAGGUAGCUAUCCUGACCCAACUGCUGCUUCUCGGAGAGGGAGAGGAGCCCGGGCAGCCUGGAGGCAGUGCUGUGGAGAGGCUGGAGCACUUCCUGGAGCGAGAGUAUCAUGUGAUGCAAAACUGUGCUGGAAUUGGCCAAGACCCAGGCCUGAUGGGCAGAGUGGGCAGAGUUGUGCUGUGUGGAGAAAGAGAUGGAGUACUGUUCAGAGGAAUGAGCCUGAACCACAUCUGCCUGGAACUGGACGUUAUGUCAGGAAACUCUGCAGACUCGUACUCUGAGGGUGACUCUGAUGGAGAGCACAUGAAGGAGAAGCCUGAGGCACCUGCUCCGACUGCAAGUGCAUCAAACCCUACACCCACCCUGCUGUAUGUCAGGAAGGGAAAGAACAACGGGCGAGUGGGAAGACCCAAAAAGCUUAAGAACAUACAGCCACCCCCUCCUCCACCACCUCCUCCUCUUCCACCUGCCAAUCGUAGGAGAGGAACAGGAAAGCGAGGCGUCCUGAAGCGUCCCUGGUCAGAGGCCGAGCGCGCUGCAGUCGAGGAGCACCUCACACAAAACAUCAACGAGCUGCGAGUCCCCGCCAAGGCUGACUGUGAACGUUGCCUCCAGCAGUGCCCCCUGCUGGUCAGUAACCACCGCGACUGGCGAGCCAUCAAAUUCUACUGCCACAACCGCAUCCAGCUGCUGAAGAAAAACCAGCGACGUGAGAGCCAGCCGCUGCCCCUGACAGUCUGCUGAGAGAGGGGAAGCAGGCACAUGAAGGGAGGGGGUGGGUCUACAGGGGAGAGUAGAUGUCUGCUGUGGUGCCGAUGAUCAGAGCAGAUUCUCAAAUGGUACCUUAAAUGCACUAAUUUUGAAAAGACGGUCCUAAAUUUCACUCCCCAUGAAUAUUUUUUCCAAUACUAAUAAUAAUUUGACACCUGACAGCAUUUUUACUUCAUACGAGAACAGGAGAACAGAAGUUUAAAUUGUCUGUCUUUGCUGCUUUAUUUGAGGUCUUAAAAUGACACUAGAGUCUUUAUGGUGCUCUUGGUUUGAGAGUUACAGUACAUGUCUUGUCAAAAGCAGUGCACUAGGGCAGGUGCCAUUUGAGACGAGCCCUGGGGGAGGCUGAAGACUGUGCUGUACAUGGACUUUUUUUCUCUUUCCAAAUCACAUACACUAAACUGAAAUGUAAACAAGAGAGGCAAGUGAGCCCUACAGUGUUGUUUUAUGAAUAUGAACGUCGUGAAGUAGCAUUAGUCUUUUAUGCACUUGGAGACGUUAGUAGGACAAAGGCCUGUGUUUGGGCCACACUUUUUCAUAGUUAGAGUUACUACUGCUAACUACUAUUACUACUGCUAACAUAGAAGAAUAGCAAGAUCUUUCCUCAAACAAGCAAGUUUUCUUUUUUACACAGCUCAUGGUGCAAUUCUAACUUUGGUUACAUACAUUUUGGACCUUAAUUCACAUGUAAGGUACAAGUUCAUGAAUGAGUUACGCUAACAAUGGAAAUAAAUUUUCGUGGGUUUCA